AGGGAGUGUUGUUGUGAAACAGAAGGAAGACGCACACAGGAAGACACUCACACAUCACAGAGUAACACCGAGAAGACGGAAAGUUCUGAAUGUUCACUAGUUUAAGGACCCUUACCUUUACUCUUUUUAGUUUAAGACCCCUCACGUUAACCGUCAGUUCCUGAACAUUAAUGAUAGCCCUCUCCUUGUAGACCUCCUGACCCAUGGACACCUCGGAACGUCGGGAAAUCUACAUCCCCCAAGACGCUCAGGUGGGGUCCAUCCCCCUCUGGACCAUACCGGACCGGAUCCUGGACCAGAUGGGAGUCCCCCGACCCUCCAACAACCCCUCCUCAUCCAGCUCCCCCUCUCCGUCCCCGGAGGGGACUUGGAUCUCCCCGGUGCUGGUCCGGAAGAUGAGCCAUCCUGCGGUCUCCGGGGACAUCGACCCAACGGGGGGGAGCCCCUUUUGGGCCAUGCGGAAAACACUCGCAGACACUCACGGUAGUCCGGUCGAAAUCCCGUUCGAGACGUCGAACCGACUGGCCCUCGAGGUGCUCCGGGAUUACCUACCUGGCGCACGGUUCUCCAACCUCACAAGUGGCCCCCGAUCGUGCAUCAGGUUACCUCGGGUGGCCGCUCCUCCCCUCCACCAUGAAGCGGUGCUCGUCUACGAGGGCAACGUCUUCCUGUCUAUCAGGAGGCCCAAGCGGAGGAGAGGAGGCGAGCCCUCUUCGGCACCCCCCACGGCUCUGUCUCCGGUCUUCUCUGUCCCGGACAGCACAGCUGCGUCCAUCGGAGAACCUCACCAGACCGAACGCACGCUGAUAAACUCUGGAGGACUGCAAGUCCCAGAAGACACUGCUACUUCUCACCCAGUCCCAGAAGACCCUGCUGCUUCUCACCCAGUCCCAGAAGACCCUGCUGCUUCUCACCCAGUCCCAGGAGACCCUGCUGCUUCUCACCCAGUCCCAGGAGACCCUCAUUCUCCUCAUCAAGACCCAGAAGAAGAGUCUGAGGACACCCCCUCUGAGACCGCCAGCGCUCCCAACACAGACCACCCAGAAGCAACCAGCAGCCCCCAGUUUGGGGACCAGGACCACCCUAGUGUCUUUGUCCCGCCACAUGAGGGCAGACUCGGAUCAGCUCAGAAGAAUUACAGAGACUGUGACUUCGAAGCGCUGGCCCUGGACGAGAAGAUCGCCCAGAUGAAAGCGAAGCUCGCCGAGAGCGAAGCGGCUCUGAGGAGAGGCUGCAGCUGAAGGCCGCAACAGGACCUGUGCACAGGCCCGGCUCUGGGCAUAGGCAGUAUAAGCGAAUGCUACGGGCGCAUCCAGGGACGUCCUUAGGGGGGGGUAAAUUAGGAUGAUUCCAGGGGCGCAGCACUGACGGGGCGCCCCAGAGAACACUGGUGGUAUUAUUAAUGCAAAAAAUAUAUAUUUUUUUUAAUUAUUUUUCGGAUUAAAUCAUCAAAUUAA